AGGCAUCGUUUCGUUUAGCAGUAGUAAAGCAAACCAAAACCAAAGGGCUCAACCCAGUCCACAGCCAUGGCAAGCGAACAUCUUCCAUCCUCCUCCUCCGCCGCCGCCGCCACUUCCCCAGUAAACUGGCACCGUUCGAUAUUCGACCUCCCUGUCAACUUCUUCGAUUCGUGUCGUUUGCUUUCUCCUUCUUUAACUUCAGUCUUCGAGCCCCUCUCAAUCUCCGAAAACUAUUCUUCAGAAAACCCUCAUAGCACCGAUGACAGGGAAGAAAAGAGCACCAAAACCGGCGUCUUUUUUCCUAGAUGGACUUGCAACACCUGCAAGGCUGAGUUUGACUCUCUUCAGGACCAGCGCUCCCACUUCAAAUCCGACAUUCAUCGUUUCAACGUAAAAUUAAGCAUUGCUGGUAAGGAUAUUGUAAAGGAGGAAGAUUUUGAUGAGUUGACUAUGGAUUCUUUCAAAGACUAUGAUGUCUCGAGUAUUUCAGGAUCUGAGGAUGAAGCUGAUAAGGGAGCUUAUCCUUGUAAUGAUGCUUCCAAGGGAUUGAUUGAAAAUAUUAGGCAGAAAUUGUUUAUUCUUCUUCAAACGGGAGAGAGAGUUUCAGUUUGGAAAUCUUUGAUUAUAAAUGAGUCUGAAAGUGUUUUAUAUGAAAAUGAUAAAGAUGCGUGGAAUGAUAAUCCUUUGUGCUUGAGAGAAAAUGAGGUUAUUGAGAGAUUGAGAACUUUGAUUCAAGAGCCUAAAGAUAGUACAAGUUUCAGGAUUGUGCUGCUUUCAAGUGGUGGCCAUUUUGCUGGAUGCGUGUUUCAUGGUAACACCGUGGUGGCUCACAAAACGUUUCACAGAUAUGUGGUGAGGGCCAAGGCUGGUAAGAAACAGUCAUCCAAAGAUGCAACUGGGAAGGCUGCGCAUUCUGCUGGAGCUGCACUCCGGCGGCAUAAUGAACUUGCGUUGAAGAAGGAAAUUCAAGAGUUGCUUGCUUCUUGGAAGUCUUAUUUUGAUGCAUCAUCUUGCGUUUUCAUUCAUGCUCCUUCAAGCAAUCGAAACGUGCUUUUCAAUGGGGAUAAAUCUUGUUUCAGUCACCAGUUUUGUGCCAUUCGAAAUGUUCCAUUAACUGUUCGUAGGCCCACCUUAAAGGAGGUCAAGCGUAUAUAUAGCCAACUCACACAAGUUUCUUAUGAAGUGGAGGAGAAAGAAAUUCCACCUAGCACCAAAGAAGACAUGUUGUUAAGUAGUAGCACCAAUGAUAAUGGCAACCUAGAUCCCUGCAAAGAGGAACUAGGGAAUGACUUGAAUUGUAGGGAUUCUUCUAAAAGUCCUUCAAUCAAUGUAAAAUCUGAUACUAUAUCAAGCGAGAGUGAUAGCGAAGUUGUUUGUACUUCAACACCUUUGCAUGAAGCAGCUCAAUCCGGAGAUGCUCAAAAAGUUCUGGAACUCCUGGAGCAGGGUUUAGAUCCCUGUAUUAAAGACCAAAGAGGGCGAACCCCAUAUAUGCUGGCUAAUGAGAAGGAAGUCAGGAAUACUUUUAGACGGUUCAUGGCUUCAAACCUUGAGAAGUGGGAUUGGAAUGCUGCUAAAGUUCCUAGCGCCUUAACUAAAGAAAUGGAGGAAUCUCAAGCAGCCAAGCAGGCAGAGAAAGAGUCUAAGAGGAAAGCGAGAGCAAAGGAACUAAAGAAAUUGCGUAGAGCCAGGGAAAAGAAAGCUGAGGCUGAGGCUGCCCAGUCCCAGAAAACCGUAGCAGUUUCACAAAAUCAGGCCACUGUAGCCUCGGUUUCAAAGGGAUGGCAAUCCCAAUCAGUUGGUAUAUCACGAAUCUCUAAAGAGGAAGAACUGAAGAGAGCACAGGCUCUUGAGAGGGAAAAGAGAGCCGCCGCUGCUGAGAGGAGGAUUGCUGAAGCAGCAGCUGCCGCCACCCACAGCUGUGAUGCUCAAGGCAGUGGCACGACAGUAGGAUCAACUACUAGUUUACAAUCGAAAAGUGGAUUAUCAGGUCCAGGUGAUAUUAGCUGCUCGUGUUGUAAUACAUCAUUGGCUGGAAAAGUGCCCUUUCACAGGUAUAAUUACAAGUAUUGCAGCACCUCUUGCAUGCAUGUUCACAGAGAGAUUCUUGAAGAUACAUAACCAGUUAUAUGCAUAUAUAUAUAUAUAUAUAUAUAUAUCAACUAGGCAUAGUGGGAUUACUCUAGUUAUAUAUGCCUCAUGUUUUUUUUCCAUAGUUAUUCACAAUUAAUAAUAUAUAUACUUUGCUGAACUAAA